GGCUACAGAAAGCUAGGGACAAAAAAAAGCACUCAUCAAUCGUGCGUUAUUGUCCGUAGUGAGGGGGGGGUAUUGCCCAACAUGAACAAUUAGGAUCAUUUCAAUUUCACUCGGGGUCCAGAAGUGUCAUGUAGUUUUAUCUUCUAUUCCCUCGGUCCAACUUUAUCUCAUUUGAGACGAACAUGAGCGGAUGAUAGUAUUGUUGUCGCCCAGAAGCCCAAACACAUUCUUUUCUUAGUGCCAAGAUGGAAGACGCUUCGAAGUUGAUAAUAUGCGCCCUUUUGACGCUAAUACUCCUCAUUAGUGAGUUGGUAAUCGGCCAGUUUUCGCACUGUCUCACACUCCAAGCAGUCACAAACCAGUCGUUGUACAACCUCCUGACCCUGACCUCGGCUAUUGUGGCACUAAAGCUGGAAGGUCGGAGCCCAAGACUGGACUUGAGAAGCUCGUUUGGUUGGGCCCGUUUAGAGGUUGUGGGAUCCCUUUCGAGCCUCGUGUUCCUGGCAUCUUUGAGUUUCUUCACUGGGAUCGAAUGUCUCCAAACCUUGUUCCAUAAUGAUCACUUGGAUGCCAUGCACCAGUCAUUCUCGGUGUUCAGUCUCGUAGUGAUCCAUUUCUUGAUUUGGAUGGUGGUGUUUUGUUUGAUUGGCGGCUAUUCCUUCCAACAAUCCAAGAUUAUGGAGAGCUCAACCGGCGGAAUUCAACUCACAUCCGGUCAGCGAAACGCGAAUCACUCGACGAGCGGCAAAUUUCGCGGUAUUUUUCACGUCCCCUCGCGCAACAUUUUCCGCGACUUGGCGGGUUGUGUCAUCUUGAUCUUGCUCUCCGGAGGCGUGUUCUUUUUUGAGAACAAUCUCAAUCAGAAAGUCAAGUAUAUCGAUCCAUGCCUCAGUCUACUGUCCUUGGGCGCCCUUCUCGUUUCUAGUUAUCCGAUUGCCAAAGAAGCCGGAUUGAUCUUGCUCCAAACCAUUCCCGACAAGAUUGACGUGAACGAGUUGCGAGCCGAACUCUUCCGCAACUUUCCCGCCAUUCUGAACAUUCACGACAUGCACAUCUGGUGUUUGGUUCCAACCAAUAUCGUCGUGACCAUGCACGUCAUUUUCCAAAAUCAAGAGAGCUACAAUAACGCCAUCGUAGAUAUUAAGAGCCAUUUGACGGAGCGAGGAAUCUCGAAGUUUACCAUUCAACCCGAAAUGGCCUCGGGCACGCCCGAGGACCCCGAGGUAAUGAUCACAGAGCAUUUGUGCCUGCUCGAUUGUGCGCCCACUUGCAGAGGACGAAUCCGGCCGAAGUGUCAUAAACCACUUGUGAAAUGAACCAAGUAAGCCCUUGGCGGAGAGGGCUGCAAUAGCGACAACCACGACUGAACAACACGUACGGGCAAUCUGAAUGAAUUCUUAUAUUGAGUUAAAUGUUCAAUGUUCCGCCAUUCAAUGCAACUGGAACAAAUAUACAGUACAAGAUCA